AUGACCAACAAGGCAACAACGCUUCAGAAGAUUACUGGGAGCAAUUUUGAAUGGUCCUCCAAACUGCAGAGCCUCCUGGGCUCUGUGUUCAAGCUGUCCAAGUUCCGUCCCCUGCAACUCCAGGCCAUGAACGCGAGUCUCUCCGGACACGAUACGGUCCUCAUCAUGCCCACAGGAGCGGGGAAGAGCCUGUGCUUCCAGCUCACAGCGCUGGUGUCGGAAGGGGUGACCUUGGUUAUCUCUCCUCUGGUGUCGCUGAUGGAGGAUCAGCUGAUCACCCUGCAGAACCUUGGGAUACCUGCGGCCAUCCUGACAGCGAGCACACCCCGGGCUGAGGUCACACAGACUCUCAACAGUCUUACAGACAAGAAGUCUGACUUAAAGAUGCUGUAUGUGACCCCUGAGAAGGUGGCAAAGAGUAAACGCUUCAUGGCCAAGGUCGAGAAGAUGCACUCGGUGGGGAGGUUCGCUCGGCUGGUCAUCGACGAGAUCCACUGCUGUAGCCAAUGGGGACAUGACUUCAGGCCAGACUACAAGACCCUGGGUGUCCUGAAGCGACAGUACCCCUCCGUGCCCAUCCUGGGUCUGACUGCCACGGCUACUUCCUACGUCAUCGAGGAUGUGAAGGCCAUCCUGAGCAUGCCCAGCUGUCUGCUGUUCCGGGCUUCCUUCAACAGGCACAACCUGUACUAUGAGGUUCUGAGGAAACCAUCUUCUCAUGAAAACGUGAUGGAGAAACUUGUGCAGACCAUCAACAGCCGCUUCCAGGGGCAGUCCGGAAUCAUCUAUGUGUUCUCACGAAAGGAGGCGGAGACGGUUGCCGGGGACCUGCUGAAGAGAGGUGUGCGGGCGGGGUGUUACCAUGCCGACCUGGAUGCUGCCUACCGCAGCCGUGUCCACAGGAAAUGGCUGGAAAACACCAUACAGGUUGUCGUGGCAACCAUAGCGUUUGGGAUGGGGAUCGACAAACCAGACGUGCGCUUCGUCAUCCACCACUCCCUCAGCAAGUCCAUGGAGAACUUCUACCAGGAGAGCGGGAGGGCAGGCCGAGACGACCAGCCAGCCUACUGUAUCCUGUACUUCAGUUUCCAGGACAUCUUCACACAGCAAAACAAACAAACAAACAAACAAACAAACAAACAAACAAGCAAACAACUUUCUCCCCUCCCCUCCAGGCAGAGACGACCAGCCAGCCUACUGUAUCCUGUACUAUGUUUCCAGGACAUCUUCAGACAGCAAAACAAACAAACAAACAACUUUCUCCCCUCCCCUCCAGGCCGAGACGACCAGCCAGCGUACUGUAUCCUGUACUUUGGUUUCCAGGACAUCUUCAGACAGAGCACCAUGGUGAUGACAGAGCAGACCGGGCAGCAGAAGCUGUACGGGAUGGUCAAGUACUGUCAUGAUGUCAACAGGUGCCGCCGUGCCAUCAUUGCCGACCACUUUGAUGAAGGCUGGGACUCCACGAAGUGCAGCGGCAUGUGCGACGUCUGUGACCCUACAUUAGUCACUGUAACAGAUGAAGAAGACGUGACCAGCCUCUGCCAGGAGGUCGUCAGGGUCAUCCAGUCAGCGACAGCGAAGGAACAGCGGCUGACUGGGCUGAAACUGGCGGACAGCUGGCUGGGGAAGGGGGACAAGCGGAGGGGUAACCACGGUAACCACCCUGCGUGGCUGACCCGUGAGAUGGGGGAGAGAGUGAUCACCCACAUGUUACUGGAGGGGUACCUGAGGGAGGACUAUCACUUCACUCCCUACAGUACCAUCAGCUAUCUGGUCCCAGGCCCCAAGAGCCAUCGCCUGACAAGUGGAGGAGUGCAGGUGACACUCUGCAUCCCCAGUAAGAGGAAGAAGAGCAGAACAUCAGCAGCAGCUACGUGUGGUACUGCAGCAUCGGGGAGCAGCAGGGAGGUCUCUCUAAGUGCGGAAGCUACCAGCAACCAGAAAACAUCCAACACGGCUCCAAAUUCAGACGUGUCUGUCACAGAAAGGAGGCAAAGCUUUGGAUUUGAUCGAAGUUCAUCCUCGAGGCCAGAGAGUGCAGAAGAUGGAGACUGCAUUGUGAUUUGGGACGAUGAUGAUGAUGAUUUUGUGCCCUAUGAAAGUAAAGGCAAAGUUUCAGACAGUGUUAGUACCAGAGAGGUGGGAGGUGGAGACAAAACUGGCAUCGCACAGUCUACCUCUCAUGUAGAGCUACAGAACAGUGCCGGCAUGGAGGCAGGGAAAAAACACAAGGGGAAGAGAAAGAACCGUUCAUCAUCAUCAUCAGACCAGCUGCACAGGAAAAAACAUGUCAAGAAAAGCGACCACAAGGAGCCCAGGAAAAACCAUGUUGAAGAGAAAAGAGAGAGCUCACAAACACAACAGGUAGGGAGCGUUGACCACGGUGGUGACUUCAGUACACAGUCUUCCUCCCGUGUGGAGAUGCGGAACUCUGAUGGCACAGAAUCAGGCAGCAGACCAGGCAUGGGACAGAAACACAGAAGGACCCUGUUGUACGCAAUGUCAAUGUCUCGUGUGGAGAUGCAGAAUGCUGCUGGCAUGGAAUCAGGCAGCAGACUGGGCAUGGGGCAGAAACGCAGGAGAAGGAGCCGUUUAUCUAACCAGCUCUACUUCUCUUUCUCCCCCCCUAACAACCCCUACUGGGGGAUCACUUAG